AUGGAACUGCAGGAGAUGUUCCGUUACGGGUACAUGUUUCCGCCGCGCGAGGACGAGCCGCUCGCAGCCUGCGCGUACCUGGACUUGCCGAGUUACGGGAAGACGACCGGUAAGACGACGACCGGCGUCGGUCUGCCGCCUGUCAGCACCCUCGCCGUGCCGCAGAGCCUCGUCUACGACGGCAGCAACUGCAGCGACGGCUGGCACACGCCGAGUCCCACGGCCAGUCUGCGAUCCGUCAGCCCGGCGACGACACUGUCGAUCUCGUCGGAGCCGGAAACAAUCAACAGCGCGCCGACGUAUCGGCUGUUAGUUUCCACCGCCAGGGACAAGAAGACCGCGAAGAGGAGCUCGAUUAGUCUGAGCAGCGUUGGCAGCAAGAGGCUGCGCGUCGACGCGAUGGACCACCUCGUGACCGAGGAGAUAAUUAAUCUGGACGGCGAGCGCGACGACGUCGACGAGACGCUCAACCUGGAUGUCGACAAGACGCGCCACGGCAGCGUCGUCAGCAACUCGAGCGGCGGCCUGUCCGACAGAACGAUGGACGGCGACAGCGAGGAAGACGCAGAGGUUAGCGACGGAGGCGCGGAUCAUCCGGAAGACGCGCAUGCCGCUUCCGGCGGCCGCGACGCUCGCCGACGGGGCAAGUACGUCAACUCGACCAUCGUGCGGAAACGCCGGCUGGCCGCAAACGCGCGCGAACGCAGACGGAUGCAGAAUCUGAAUAAGGCCUUCGACAGGCUGCGCGCUUAUCUGCCGUCCCUCGGCAACGAUAGACAGUUAUCGAAAUACGAGACGUUGCAAAUGGCUCAAUCUUACAUCACCGCACUUUACGAUCUGCUGCAGUGA